CACUGGACCCAUAAAUAAGCUCAUUAAUGCAAAGACUACUAAAGCUUCAAUUCAUAUCUUUAACUAUAUGUUUGUUCACUAGCAUCUACAUUGAUCUGCAGAAGAGGUUGUUUGUGAAAGAAAAUGAAGUUUGGAAAGGAGUUUGCAUCACAGAUGGUGCAGGAAUGGCAAGAAGCAUACAUGGACUACAACUAUCUCAAAACCGUCUUGAAAGAUAUCCUGCAGUUCAAGAAGAGAAACCCAUCAACACCAAAGGCAUCAACCUCACAAGGGUCUUUGAAGAGAAGGGUGUCCCUCUAUAGAGCUUUCAGUGGGCUUACUAGCCGGCACAGAAGCUCUCCCAAGAAGAACGAAGACGAAGUAAUUCUAGUUAAUGCAGUAGUGCAGCAGCAAGAGGAGGAGUCUGAAAGGCACUACCAAACCAUGUUCCUUAUGAGCUCGGAAAUGGGGGGAGAGUGUGAGCUUUUGUUUUUUAGGAGGCUUGAUGAUGAGUUUAAUAAAGUCAUCAACUUUUAUAAGAAGAAGGUGGAGGCAGUGAUGGAGGAGGCAAAUGAAUUGACCAAGCAGAUGGAUGUUUUGAUUGCACUUCGAAUAAAGGUAGAUGAUCCUCUGAUGGAAUUUAAUGGAUCUGAUCCAAGAAAUAUUUCCAGCAAUGGGGCGUCCUCACCUUCAGCCACGGCUGCUCAUUCCAUAAAUGCAAGAAAACCAGGACUGUCUCAUAUGGAUGCGAUUCAAGAAGUCGAGAUGAGCAGUGAAGGAAAUUUAGAAGAUGAAAAACAAGAAGACCAUAUAGAAAAGGCUUGUGAGCAUAGCAAGUCCAAAGGAAACAAGGUGGAGAUAAAGGGCUUUAGACGAGCUUCAUUAGACAUUUUGAAUCAUGUAAAGAUCAAUGUCACACCUGAAACUCCAGUGUCUACCUUGAAAGGCAUCCUCAUGAGUUCAAAUUCAGACUUUUCAUUCAGCAGGAAAGAGCUAAGGAAAGCAGAACAACAAAUGACACAGGCUUUUAUUGAAUUCUACCAAAAGCUAAGACUUCUGAAAAGCUAUUGCUUCUUGAAUCAAUUGGCAUUUUCAAAGAUUAUGAAGAAGUAUGACAAGAUCACUUCAAGGAAUGCGUCAAAGACAUACAUGGAGAUGGUGGACAGUUCUUAUAUUGGUAGCUCUGAUGAGGUUACCAGGCUCAUGGAAAGGGUGGAGGUUACCUUUAUAAAGCACUUUGCAAAUGGAAAUCAUAGAAAAGGAAUGGACACAUUAAGACCUAAAGCCAGAAGGGAAAGACAUAGAAUUACGUUUUCCUUAGGUUUUUUUUCUGGCUUCUCACUUGCACUUGUAAUAGCCAUCAUUGUGCUUGUACAUGCAAGAGAUCUCAUGAAGAACGAGGGGCGUACUCAGUAUAUGGAAAACAUGUUUCCUCUUUACAGUUUGUUUGGAUUCAUUGUCCUUCAUAUGCUCAUGCACUCCGCAAACUUAUACUUCUGGAGGCGUUAUAGAAUCAAUUAUGCAUUUAUUUUUGGCUUUAAGCAAGGAAGAGAGUUAGGUUACAGAGAAGUAUUUCUUCUUAGUUCAGGUCUUGCUGUAUUGGCAUUGGCUGGAGUAAUCUCAAAUUUAGAUAUGGAGAUGGACCCGAGAACAAAAAGUUUCAAAGCCUUAACUGAAUUAGUUCCUUUAGGCCUACUUACUGUUGUUCUUCUUAUAAUAUUGUGUCCUUUCAAUAUCAUUUUCCGUUCAAGUCGCUUCUUCCUCCUCCAAUCUACAUUACACUGUCUUUGUGCUCCUCUUUACAAGGUUACCCUUCCAGAUUUUUUCUUGGCAGACCAGCUGACUAGCCAGGUGCAAGCCUUCAGAAGUUUGGAAUUUUAUGUUUGCUAUUAUGGUUGGGGUGACUUCAAAAGAAGAUCAAACAAGUGCAAAGAAAGUGGUGUUUUUCAAACUUUCUAUUUCAUUGUAGCAAUCAUUCCAUAUUCAAUCCGUUUCCUUCAGAGCCUCCGGCGCUUCGUGGAGGAGAAAGAUGCAAUGCAAGGGCUUAAUGGGUUGAAAUACUUCUCGAUACUUAUUGCAGUUGCCAUGAGGACUAGUUAUGAUUUAAAAAGGGUGAUGACUUGGAGGAUCAUAGCUGCAGCCAGUUCAGGUGUUGCAACAAUGGCUGCUACAUAUUGGGACAUUGUCAUAGAUUGGGGUCUUCUGCAAAGGAAUUCCAAAAAUCCAUGGCUAAGAGAUAAACUCAUUGUGUCAAACAGAAGUGUUUACUUUGUAGCUAUGGUAUUAAAUGUUGUACUCAGACUUGCUUGGAUGCAGUCAGUCUUAGGUUUUACGGAAACCCCUUUCUUGCAUAGACAAGCCUUGGUUGCGAUAGUUGCCUGCUUGGAGAUCCUUCGUCGUGGCAUUUGGAAUUUCUUCAGAUUGGAGAAUGAACACUUAAACAAUGUUGGGAAGUAUCGGGCAUUCAAGUCAGUACCACUACCUUUUUACUAUGAUGACGAUGAAGACAAGGACAUAUAGACAUGUACAGAAGAAAGAUGACAGAAGAACUGAGAUCAUCAUUUUCAUAUAUGUCUUAUUUUUUUUACUUAAUGUUCUUUAGUUCUCUUCUUCUUCUUUUUCUUUUUUUUUUUUUUUAAAAUUUUGAGUGAAAUUGAGAUGUUAGAUAAGAAAUAACAAAAAGAAAAGAGUAUAUUGAUAGACUCUACUGUCAAUACAAAUUAUUGGGUUUGACUACGAUGUGCAGAGCUUGACUCUACAAUAUGCAGCACUAACAGUUACCAGAUUUGAAGCAAGAAUAAAUA